AUGAGUAGACCCCUUUCCGCCCAAUUAACCAUUCAUUACCAGCCUCCAGCACACGUGGUCCAGACUGUUCUGACGCUAGCCGAUAACCCGGACAAUGGCAGUGGCAGUGGCAGUGGCAAUGACAAUGACAAUGACAAUGACAAUGGCCAUGACCAUGACCACGUGUCGCCCAACACCACACCUCUAGUAAGCCCCGCCACAGCCGCAGCUGCCAUGUGCUCGUCAUUCCCACCGAAUCUGCUCGACUUGUACCAAUGUGUUCAUGACGAUGAUCCUUCUCCGGACACCCUGGACGGACCGGACGGACCGGACGGAAGACUAAACUCCGUCGAGAUGCAAAUGCAAUUGUCGGACACCCUGGAAAUGCCGGACGCUUUGCCCAUGGAAAUGUCCGACUCCCUGGAUUACUCGGACACUAUGGACGGCAAUUGUGUGGAGACUCCGUGUUACAGCGACUCCUCACGUGCAGACUCACCACUGGAGUUCCCCAAGCGUGGCGGUGUCGGACACGACCAUGGAUCUCGGACAUCGCACCCCGCGCUGGCCAGAACCCACACCGUAUCCGGACUUCCCCGCACGGCUCUUUGUCCUGUUUCCCGAAACAGGCGUUUUUCCGAAAGUGUGCUUUCACGGAGAAGAUCGUCGUUUGCCCUACAAUUACCCACACAUUCUGGUUCUUACAGUGGCGCCAGUCGUUCACUAGAGGAUGCCGAUAAUAAUUCAGAUAUAGAUUUACAAUGUUCAUGUUCAAGACAUCAUCAUAGAAGAAAUUCCAUUGCUUUGAAAUUCAACAAACCUUUUUUCAAAGAGGCUGGAUUGUAA